CUGUAAGGGGCCACCAACGAGGAAUCCAACGGCGCAUUCAGAGCCAGGAGGGAGUCUGGCGGCCCGAGUUAUGGUCAUCGUUGGUGCAAACCAUUAAAUAUGUCAACUGCCGUCUUCGUCUUUUGUAUUCGAUUUUUUUUCUGCUUCUGCAGGCGCCGCAGUUGAAGCCAAAGUAAUCUCUCGUUCCGCUUUGUGCUUGUUGUGUUGUCGUUUCUCUUUGACACAUACCGCACCAUUCGUUCUCAACCCGACUCUCCUUACAUUGUGGUUUUUUUUUUUUUUUUUUUUGUAGAACUACGUCUCUUUUACAAAUCAUCUAAAUCUCGUCACAUAUCAACCAUGCGUUCUCUUACAUCAUCCCUUUCUUUGCUGGCCGUCGGGGCUCUCCAGGGCGCAUCAGCCUUGGACGCUGCCGGAUGGCGCAACCAGAGCAUCUACCAGAUCAUCACCGACCGCUUUGCCACCUCCGACGGCUCGACGCCAGCAUGCGACACGACCCCGGGCUUGUACUGCGGUGGUACGUGGAAGGGCAUCACCAGCAAGCUGGACUACAUCCAGAACCUGGGCGCCACAGCCAUCUGGAUCUCGCCCAUUGUCAAGAACGUCGAAGGAAACAUCAACGGAUACGGAGAGGGCUACCACGGCUUCUGGACGGAGGACAUCUACUCGAUCAAUCCGCACUUCGGCACCGAGGCCGACCUGAAGGAGCUCGCCGACUCCCUCCACGCCCGCGGCAUGUACCUGAUGAUCGACGUCGCCCCCAACCACGUCGGCCUGAACGAUGACCCCGGCAACUACGCCAAGUACAAGCCGUUCAACAAGCCCGAGUACUACCACAAGGAAUGCCCUAUCGCCUGGAACAACAUCACGUCUGAGCAGCUCUGCUGGCUCGAGGGUCUGCCCGACCUGCGCACCGAGGAUGCUUACGUUCGCCAGGUCUACGCCUCGUGGAUCAAGGACCUCGUCGCCAAGUACUCCAUCGACGGUCUCCGCGUCGAUACGGCCCUCGAGAUCGAGCCCGAGUUCUUCAGCGAGGGCGGCUUCCGCGAGGCCGCCGGCGUCUUCCUACUCGCCGAGGUCAGCCACUCGAGCCUGGACCUGCUGGCCCCUUACCAGGGGGUCCUCGACGGCAUCCUGGACUACAACGGCUUCCACUCGGUCUCGCCGGCGUUUGGCAAGGUGGAGGGCGACCUGGAGGCGCUGUACCAGAGUAUCAACAAGAUGGCGAGCACCGCCAGCAUCGACCCGUCGGUCUGGGGCUCCUUCGUCGAGAACCAGGACCAGGUCCGCUUCGCCAACCGUAACAGCGAUAUGGCGCUGGCCAAGAACCUGUACUCCCUCGUCAUGCUCCGAGACGGCAUCCCCAUCGUCUACUACGGCCAGGAGCAGCACUUCAACGGCGGCGCCAACCCGCACAACCGCGAGGCGCUCUGGCUGGGCGGCUACGACAUCCACUCGGAGCUGUACGGCUGGAUCCAGCAGACGAACAAGGUGCGGGUGCACGCCGCCGCGGCCAACGCCGACUUCCUGACCCGGGAGCGCACGCGGGCCGUCUUCUCGUACGGCAGCAAGGACAGCAGCCGCGUCAUCGCCCUCCGCAAGGGCCAGCUGUUCUCCAUGUACACCAACGGCGGCGUCGGCGCCACCAACAACGUCAUGUUCGCCAUCGCCCGCAACGUCCACGGCUUCGCCGUCGGCUCCGACGUCGUCGACGUCAUGAACUGCGAGUCCUUCCAGGUGGCCUCCCACGGACGCCUCUGGGUGCAGAUGCCCGACGGCGGUCUCCCGCGCGUGUUCUUGCCCAAGGAGCAGGCCGAGGGGCUCUGCAACGACGUCAAGGCGCCCCUGGCGAGCGCCACCAUCAAGGUCGGCGUGGACAAGAACACGGGGUACAACAAGCGGUCGGUGCCGUUUGUGGCCACGGUGCUGGAGUAGGCUGUAGGCAUAUGCCAUGACGCGAAGCGAAGCUCUGUGUUUUUCUGAUGCGAGCGGGUAGAUAGAUGGGAAGGGCUGAAGAUACCUGAGGAGACCUGAUGGGCCCCCGCCCUGUGUAUACAAAGAUGUCAUUGAUAUAGAGCGUCGUAUGUGUAAUGUUAAUGUUAAUAAAGGACUGUGAACACACAACAGGCGUAACCUUUCCUCCUAUUGAC